AGCCUAGAGAACGACGUGAACUUAGCGCGUCCCAGGAAGUGAACCAAUGAAAUAACUUGUUUCUUGGGUAGUUGGUGAUUGCGUUGUUUUGAUUGGCCGAAAUGGUCGCGGGCUUACGUGCUCUUCACGAUUCAAUUCCUAGGGGGUAGGGACAAGGGAGCUGUACGAGACAGCCGAGGAAGAGCGUCCACUGCCAUCGAAGUACAAGGAAACGAGUAGAUUCUAGCUCUUGAUAUUUUAUAAUAAUUUUUGGCAUCAAAGAUUAAAUAGAAGAUGGCACGUACUAAGCAGACAGCUCGUAAAUCUACAGGAGGAAAAGCUCCCCGUAAGCAGCUUGCCACCAAAGCUGCACGUAAAAGUGCACCCUCCACCGGUGGUGUAAAAAAGCCUCAUCGUUAUAGGCCUGGUACUGUAGCUCUUCGAGAAAUCAGAAGAUAUCAGAAAUCGACUGAGUUGUUGAUCAGGAAAUUACCAUUCCAGCGAUUGGUUCGUGAAAUUGCACAAGAUUUCAAAACUGAUUUGCGUUUCCAAAGUGCAGCUAUUGGCGCUCUUCAAGAAGCAUCUGAAGCAUACUUGGUCGGUCUCUUUGAAGACACAAACUUGUGCGCUAUCCAUGCAAAACGUGUCACCAUCAUGCCGAAAGAUAUCCAACUCGCUCGGCGAAUCCGUGGUGAACGAGCUUAAACCAUCUUAUAUUUAAUCGUAAUCAUCAUCAACUUGUUUAUUAUUAUUAAUUGUAUUAAUUAUUAUUCAUGUUAGUUUUAUUUGUCAUAACGGAUUGACUAUCUUAAAUGAAAUGAACGUCUCGAAGUUAUUGACAAGUUGUCUAUAAGUCUAUAAGAUCACAUUUGUCUUAAAGCCAUCUUGAAAAGAAAUAACUUUAAGAUAUUAUUUCUAUUUAGGUUCAACCAUUCUUAAUCAUUCUAUGACACUUUUUUGUAGCUAUCAGAAACAUUAUGUCAUCCCUGCAAUUAAUCUAUCAGUCAACUUUUAUUACAUUUAAAAGAAAAAAUAGAAUAAUCAAAUAAUGUAUUUAAAUGGAUCGUAAGCGUUCGCGACACAAAAAAAA